GGUAUGGCUAAGCCUCUGUGGUGGAACUUUGCCAAAGUCAUCAUCUACUGGAGGUUAGCGGGCGCUCAGGUGGGCUCAGAUGGCGGUAUCACAGCUCAGGAGCAGAUGUACCUCCUGUAUGAAGUCAAGCUCCAGUGUCACCAGAAUGUCUCCUCGUACGACCCCACAGAUGACCUUUGCCCUCCAGGCUGGGACGGUCUGAUCUGCUGGCCUCGAGGUUCACCUGGAGCCGUGACCAAGGUCCCCUGUCCCAGCUAUGUCUACGACUUCAAUCACAAUGGCCAUGCUUACAGGAAGUGUGAUGUGAACGGUUCUUGGGUGUACAUGGAGAAUCUGAACAGGACUUGGGCGAAUUAUUCAGAUUGCUUGAGAUUCCUUCACCCGGACCAGGAGGGGGAAAAACAGGACUUCUUUGAGCGGCUGUAUGUUAUGUACACUAUCGGAUAUGCAGUGUCCUUCAGCUCCCUCCUGGUGGCCAUCUUCAUCAUUGGCUACUUCAGGCGUCUGCACUGCACCAGAAACUACAUCCACAUGCACUUGUUUGUGUCAUUCAUGCUACGAGCUGUCAGCAUAUUUGUGAAGGACAAGGUGGUGCAAGCCAACAUGGGGCUUCAGGAGUUUGAUGCAGCCCUCAUGGAUAACUUCAAGACCAUCUCUGCAGCAUCUCUUGACAAGUCUCAGUAUAUCGGAUGCAAGAUCACAGUCCUGCUCUUCAUUUACUUCCUGGCAACCAACUACUAUUGGAUCCUGGUGGAGGGGCUGUACCUCCACAGCCUCAUCUUCAUGGCCUUCCUCUCUGACACCAAGUACCUGUGGGGCUUCACCUUGAUUGGGUGGGGUGUUCCUGCCCUCUUCGUGGCUGCUUGGGCAGUUGUCAGAGCAACGCUGGCAGAUGCGAGAUGCUGGGAGUUAAGUGCUGGCAACAUCAAAUGGAUAUACCAAGUCCCCAUUUUAACAGCUAUUGGGCUGAACUUCAUCUUGUUUGUAAAUAUCGUUCGAGUGCUGGCAACCAAGAUUCGGGAGACCAACGCAGGGCGAUAUGACACCAGGAAACAGUACAGAAAAUUGGCCAAGUCCACCUUGGUGCUGGUCCUGGUGUUUGGAGUACACUAUAUCAUUUUCGUGGGAAUGCCGCAUACCUUCAAGGGCGUCGGUUGGGAAGUGAGGAUGUACUGUGAGCUCUUCUUCAACUCCUUCCAGGGUUUCUUUGUGUCCAUCAUCUACUGCUACUGCAAUGGAGAGGUCCAGACCGAGAUCAAGAAGACCUGGACGCGCUGGAACCUGGCCUUCGACUGGAAGGGCCCGUCGGUUUGCUGCGGCUACCCCUACGGCUCCGUGCUCUCCAACCUCAACAACAGCACCAGCAGCCAGUCGCAGCUGGCUGGCGCCUCGCGCACCACCACGCUUUUCUCCAGCCGGGUGUACCGCAGCCACGGCGGCCGCGCCGUCGGCGCCCACGCCGCCCUGCCCGGCUACGUCCUCAGCAGCUCCGACGCCGACAGCCUGCCUCACUCCAUCCCCGAGGAGCGGGACGAGAGCGCCAAGCAGGUGGACGACAUCUUGCUGAAGGAGUCCCUGCCCAAGCUCUGCAGCAGCGUCGGGGAGGACGACGAGGAGACGCUGUAGAACCCAGCGGC